AUGUACUCCUGGAUUUUUAUCUUUAGGCUCUUGCAAAUCCCUGAAUUUGUCUCUGCUUUUACUUAUAAUAUCAGUACAUGUUAUUACAUAAUCACUGAAGAAUUUCACCAUGAAGGAGAUGUUGUGGUUGGUGCAUUUUUCCCUCUUCAUACUUUCCACACUCAAAAGAAAAUACCACAACCAGUUGUACCAUAUGAAUAUGUGGACUAUCAAAUACAGUAUAACUUUAAGAACUACCAGUAUAUUCUUGCUCUGCAAUUUGCCAUUGAGGAGAUCAAUGGGAACCCCAAUCUUUUACCCAANAUAUCUCUUGGAUUNNAUUUCUACAAUNUCAGAUUCACUGNGAAGUACANUCUUNNUAAUNCUUUUANUUGGNUCACAGCUCUNGUGCAUAGAAAGUAUUUUCCUAAUUACAACUGUAAAAAGAGAAAUUUCACUGCAGCNCUCACAGGAACAUCAUGGAUAACAUCUGCACAAAUAGGGACUUUGCUUCAACUCUUUAAAUUUCCACAGAUUACCUUUGGACCUUAUGAUCCUUUAUUAAGUGACCGGGGUCAGUAUCCUUCUCUCUACCAGAUGGCCCCUAAGGACACAUCUCUUUCACUUGCCAUUGUUUCAUUGUUGGCUCAUUUUAGGUGGUCAUGGGUUGGCCUCAUACUCCCUGAUGACCACAAAGGAAAUAAGAUUGUAUCAGAUUUUAGGGAGGAGAUGGAGAGAAAAGGCAUUUGUCUAGCUUUUGUAAAAAUGAUCCCAGCCACAUGGACUUCACGUUUUGCCAAAUUCUGGGAACAUAUGGAUGAGACAAAUGUAACAAUUCUUUUUGGUGAUGUUGAUUCGCUAGAAGGUGUAAUGAGGAAUAUUUUACAAAGGUUAUUGACACGGAACCUCUGGAUCAUGAACAUUGAACCUCAUGUUAUUGACAGAGCUGACUAUUUCAUGGUAGACUCAUUCCAUGGAAGCCUAAUUAUUAAGCACAAUUAUAGAGAGAAUUCUGAAUUUACCAAAUUUAUUCAAACAGUUAAUCCUAAUAAAUACCCAGAAGACAUUUAUCUUCCUAAGCUGUGGUAUUAUUUUUUCAAGUGCUCAUUUGCUGACAUUAAUUGNCAUGUUUUAGACAACUGUCAAUCCAAUGCUUCUUUGGAUGUAUUACCUCGUCACAUAUUUGAUGUGGCCAUGAAUGCAGAGAGCACAAGUAUUUACAAUGGUGUGUAUGCUUUGGCUCAAGGCCUCCAUGAGAUGACACUUCAGCAACUUCAAAUGCAACCAUAUGAAAAUGGAGAAGAGAUGGUGUUUUUUCCAUGGCAGCUUAACGCUUUCCUGAAGGAUAUUGAAGUGAAAGACAAAAAGAGUUUAGAUUGGAGCCACACAAUAGACACUGAGUAUGACAUUCUUAACCUUUGGAAUUUACCAAAGGGCCUUGGAUUAAAAGUGAAAAUAGGANCUUUUUCUGCAAAUGNUCCCCANGGUCAACAGUUGUCUUUAUCUGAACAGAUGAUACAAUGGCCAGAAAUAUUUUCAGAGCUCCCUCAGUCUGUGUGCAAUGAGAAUUGUAAGCCUGGAUUCAGAAAAGUAACCCUAGAGGGCAAGGCCAUCUGCUGCUACAAGUGCACUCCUUGCGGAGACAAUGAGAUUUCUAAUGAAACAG